AUGAAAAAUAAUAAAGGAAGAGCAAGAAAGAGCCUUUUGUUAUUGCUCGGUGAUCUCAAAGUAACGCUUAAAAGAGUAACAAAUGAAAUGACAAAACGGAACAAAUUGGAACUCAACAAGUUGAUACAAGAUAGAAUGUUAAAAGGAAGGAAUAAACUCAAUUCUAAUUUAAUGGGAUUAAGAUAUACUGAUUUAGAAUGUCAAAGGAAAGCGAAGUGA